AUCGCUACCUGCUUCACUUUCUUUUUCUUUCUUCACAAGGCCACUUGCCUCACGUAAAGAGACGUCGAAGCCGGUCCUGCUUUGGAUUUAAUUGAGAAUGUGGAAACCUGCGACGAAAACGAUCACCGGGACCAACGAUGUUCCUCUAGGAAACAGACGGCGUUUCGGUCCGGCACCUGUUGAAUCAUCUGUCCCUCCGCAACUCGCGCAACCCUCGCCUUCCGCAUACCCUCGCCCUCAGGCGCAUCGAGGCGAUUCGGAGGACAGAUCACGCGAGCAUUCGCCUGCGACACCCUCUUCUGGUAUGUAAAACAUGUCUCUCACUAAUAUCGGGCGAUAGCUCGUCGCCUGCGAAGGGUCGCUGCCGUUUGGCAGAUGACGACAGGACCCUCGGUUCAGUACCGAUGAUUUUGUUCCAUCCUGCCAUUCAAGUGACUGACCAAUGACUAACCUGAUAUUUCUUUCUUUCCUUUCUUUUCUAACACCGCCGCACACAGCUGAUCCCAAUGAGCGUCGGAAGCGCCGCAGCCGAUGGGGAGAAGCAAAGGCGGAGCUACCUGGCUUACCAACAGCUAUCUCUGCCAAUGGCGUCUCGCAAGCCCAGCUCGACACAUAUGCUAUUCAUCUUCGUCUUGAAGAAAUAAAUCGUAAGCUACGCUUGAAUGACUUUAUUCCUCCUGAGAGAGAACGUUCUCCUUCACCUCCGCCUGUGUACGAUGCCCAUGGUAGGCGUACGAACACGCGUGAGGUCCGUUAUCGCAAGAAACUUGAAGAGGAACGCAUCAAGCUGGUCGACAGAGCUUUGAAAGUUGACCCUAACUUCCGUCCACCGGUUGAAUACCACCAGCAAAAGCGGUCUCAACGCCCCUCAGAGAAAGUCUAUAUUCCAACUAAGGAAUUCCCCGAAAUCAACUUUUUCGGUUUGCUCGUAGGUCCUCGAGGCAAUAGCUUGAAGAAGAUGGAGCGUGAGAGCGGAGCGAAGAUUAGUAUUCGUGGCAAAGGAAGUGUCAAGGAGGGUAAAGGCAAGCCCGACCAAUUUGCGGAUGAUGCCGAAGAGGACUUGCAUUGCCUUGUGAUGGCAGACUCCGAAGAAAAGGUCGCUACCUGCGUCAAGCUUAUCAAUAGGGUCAUUGAAACGGCUGCUUCUACACCCGAAGGUCAGAACGAUCACAAACGUAACCAGCUCCGUGAACUUGCUGCAUUGAAUGGUACUCUCCGGGACGAUGAAAACCAAAUUUGCCAGAACUGCGGAGAGGUCGGACAUCGCAAAUAUGACUGCCCUGAACAGAAAAAUUUCACCGCUAACAUCAUUUGUCGAGUAUGUGGCAGCGCUGGCCAUAUGGCUCGUGACUGCCAGGUGAGACCUGAUCUUAACGGGUCGCCCGAUGCUCCUCCCGCAAUGAACAAGGGCAACUUUGAUUCAGAAUAUGCUAAUCUUAUGGCCGAACUUGGAGAGAGCGGUGCAGGUGCGGGUACUGGGAAGUCUUGGGGUGGUGGUGGGACAGGGCUUAGCAUCACAGCAGGAGGAUCCGAUGUACCUCCUUGGCGUCGACCUGAAAUGUGGCAGUCAACGACACCUGCUAACCAGAACACGCAGAAUGGCUAUCGUCCUCCUCAGGGAUAUUCAGGUGCUGCCGCCGCCGGCUAUGGCGGGGGCUAUGGCGGUACGCAAGCUUGGUACCAAGGUGCCGGCUACCCGCAAGGUUACGGCGGUCAGGACUAUUCCGCAGCUUACGCUCAAUAUUACCAGCAGCAGUAUAACCAGUCACAAACUCCUAUGCAACAGUGAAAUGCUGAAAGAUCUUAGACCAAAAGACAAACCGCGUCCGCGACACCAUUCAGCGAUAAACUCGAAUGAUAUUCACUUUUCACCUUCAGGUAUCGCCGCUAUGCUCCUUCGAUGCCACCGCAGUGUUCGGCUUUACAACUCAUGCGUAUCCUUGUCCAUUGAUUUUUCUAUUGCACUCACGGUAUAGGUCCUCCAACAGCGACACUCCAGUUAAUAUUCUUCGUUUCUGUGACAACUAUUUCUAAUGCUCAGGGCAAGUCUGUGGGGUUGUGUUUUGUCACUGACGCGAGUUCAUUAGCUUAGCAGCACGCCUUUUCGUACUCAAGUUGUUGGCCGCAUGGUGAUUCUCUCUUUUUUUGUGCUUAUGUAUCGUAGUUAUGCAACAAAGACAGUGCAUAGUGGGCUGC